AUGGGGGAUGGAGUUAACUCGGUGGAACGUAAGAAACUGGCUAGCACAAUUAUAUCUCCUGCUUUGAGGCGCCCAUCGAUGGAUGACAAUGUCACCAUCCGAAGCAGGAGUGCUGCAAAAUCACUCACAUUCUCUCCCCAGAAGGAUCAAUUCAUGGAUCAGCAUGAACCGGUAGUUGAUGCUUUAAGUGAUAUGGAGAUCCAGGAGGAUGACUUAUUUGAUGAUGAGCUUCAGGAGUUGGAAGAUGCUGCCAAUCCAUCAACUGCAGUGGGCAUAAUUAAACGGAAACAUGAUCCCACAGUAUCAAAGAGAGGAAGUAGAUCCAGAAUCAAUACCACGGUGGGUAUCCAAACGAAAAAAUCAGAGUUCCUUCGUCGAGGUUCUCCUAAGCUGCGAUCAACAACUGCUCCUUCUAUGGCACAACCAAGAGACAACGAAAAGGCAAGACAUCGACACAGAAGAUCAAAUGAAUAA